UUAAAAGAAAUGUUUUGUUGAAAUUAUAAGUGGUUUGAUAUUUUUAUAUAAUUUUCAUCAAAACUCAUGGGUUCUAUAUUAGUUGAAUUAUGAGAGAUGUGUGUUCUUUAGUGGUUUAGGUCUUCUUUCAUAUCAGAGUACUCUUUUGAUGAUUAUUGUCUCUAAAUUUGGUUUUAUUGUUUUUAGUUUCCUGACAAAAAUAAUUGUAUGGACUCAUGGUGACUAUACUUUCGAGUUAGUUGAAACGGGCCAUCGAUGUUUCAUUUACUACACUAAACUUUAAUAGUCAACACAUUUUGAAUAUUGUGAUCACAAGGCAACCGUGUUUUGUAGUAAAAUUAGAUGUGUAACUUUUAUUGUGGAUUUAUGUAUCAUUAUGUAUGUUUCGGAUUUUGAUUCAACAUUCAGUUUCUUCUUUUUGAGUCAAAUAAUGUUUCGGGUUUCAGGCACAUGAUUAAUUAGGCCCAAAAAUCCUUCUGUCAAUUGAGUUACCAUAUGGUAGUUUGUUGACUUUGCUCUGCAAUGAGUAAAUGAUUUCUGAAAACAAUAAAGUGGUUCCCAAAUUACUCUAGUCAAAUUUGUAAACUAGUCAAUAUACACCAUUAUUGUCAUCUGUUUUUCAAACAUAAAUGUCUUUCAAACAAAAUACCAUAUAUUCUUCCAUAUAAGUUCUCUUCUUUUUCCUAUAAAUAGUAGUGUAUGGUUUUUAUGAAGACACAAAACUAAAACAUAAGUAUAUACUAGAAAGCUAAAUAUUCCGGCUCCUAAAAAACGUGACAAUGAAGUUUACAAAGGGAAAGCAAAAGAUCGAGAUGAAGAAGGUUGGAGCCUAUGCAGCCCGAAUGAUUAUGUUCUCGAAACGUAAAUCUGGACUCUUCAAGAAGAUGAACGAGAUCGUUUCACUAUGCAAUGUGGAGACGAGUUUUUUGGUCUUUUCUGAUUCCGGAAAGCCUUACACAUUCGCAUAUCCGUCUCUGAAAGAAGCGGUUGGCCAGUUUAAAAACCCUUUAAGAGAUGAACCAUCCGCAACUAUCAAUACCGGACCGCUGGUGGAAGCUUAUAGGAGACAGAAGAACCAGGACCUCAUGGAAAGGUACAUGGAUCUCGUUGAGGAGCUUGAAAUAAAGAAUGAGAAGGAAAGGAUUUUGAAGAAAAUUAUAAAGGAAAAUAAGGAGAAAAUAUUGUGGAAUAUUCCUCCGGCCGAAGGUUUGAGCGUGGAAGAGAAGAAGUGGAUGCGCCAAACGUUUGUAGAUUUACAUGUUUACUUGGGCGAUAUGGCCUUGAAAUGUUUUGGAAAUGACGGUGACCGUUCAUCUUCUAGUCAAGAGAGUUAUGGUCGUGAUGGCGAAACCUAUGCAUGAAAAAACUUGAUUUGCUGUUUUUUAUUUCAAUUGCUGUUUUUAUUUGUCCUUGUAUUGGUAGACUAUUAGCAUUGGUGAUGAUGAAACUAUUCAUCAACGUCUCUCUAUUUCUAUAGUCAAUCGUAUUCAUUACGAACCAAAUAUCAUAUAUAAUAAUCUAAUUAUUAAGAAUAAAUCAACAUUGUUUUCUUAUAAUGGUUUCUCGCAUAGAUUACACACCCUAAAGGCCUAAACUGAUGAACAAAAACAUUUAUUGUUUUCAGGAUUCUUGUCAAUCGAUUAAUAGAAUUAUCAAAAG